AUGUAACUGCUUGAACUACCAACGGAUAUCCAGCUGGUGCUUUCGUUGACAAACUAUCGUCGAGCCGUCACGAUCAGCGAACUCGCCUCCAGAGCCGGACUCUGCCACGUCGAUCUCACGCACUGGCCUUCAAGACAGCAGCAGCAGCAGCAGGAGUCUAUGGAUCCUCGGCCUUCACACUCUACCAUCUGGACCGGUCUUCGGCCUGUUCUUCACAGCCAACUCCUUGAGAAUCUGUUGAAGAUGGAGGAUGUGCACAGAGGCGUGGAAUUGAUAGCAGAUAUGCCUGAGCAAGGUAGGCAACUACCAAAGGAAUUGCCAAAUGUAUUUGUGAAUCAAUAA